AUGAGCUCCCCAAUCAUACUUUGCUCCGCUGAUUACACUUCAAACUUCUUCGAUUCCCCGGAAUUUUUCUUGACAGUACUCCGUCUCGUUGGAUUUCUCGCACUACCAGUUCAUAUUUUCGGUGGAUACUGUAUUCUUUUCAAGACUCCAAAAGAAAUGAUUUCUGUUGAAUGGACCCUGUUGAAUCUACAUUUGACCAGUUGUUUUUCGGAUUGGUCAUUGAGUUUUUUGGGCACUUUGUACUUUUUUGUUCCACUAAUGGGUGCCAGUCCUUUAGGAAUAUUAACUCGAGUUGGGAUGGGAAUGCCUGAAAUUUCAUACCUUUUGGAAGUGGCUAUCGCAAGUGUGGCUGCAUCUGUCGUCGUGAUCUUGGAAAAUCGGUUUUACAUCCUCUCAAGUAAAAACUUGUGGUGGCAUCGUUUUCGUUUUCCCUUUUUAGUGUUUACUUAUUUAACGGUAUUCACAUUUUUCUAUCCAAUUUAUAUCGAUAUGCCAGCUGGAUCGGAUAACAAAAGGGACUUCAUUCUACAGACUCUUCCCUGUUUAUCCGAUAGAAUGAGGGAGUUGCCAUUGUAUUUGGUUGUAGAAGACAGAUGGCAAUUUAUAAAAUGGACAGGAAGUGAAUCUAUAUUUCUUUGUACUUGCCUAAUAAUCCUAUUCGUUUCUAUCAAGUGGUCCUUAAAACAAUACGGACGAAACCUUUCGAAAAAGACUUUAGAUUUACAGAAAAAGUUGAUCCGUGCAAUUAUUCUUCAACUAGCAAUACCAUUCAGUGUUAUCAUCAUACCAACCUCUUACUAUUCCCAUUUCCCUUAUUUCAUUGGUUCUAUGAAUAACAUCAUGUUUAUUAUUAUAUCUAAUCAUGGAUUUGUUUCAACAAUUGUGAUGCUUAUCGUACAAAAACCCUAUCGAGACUAUUUAUUGAAAUUGUUAGGAGUUGGUGGACGAGGUCUAAAAAGGAGAAUGGGACCACCGUCUGUUUCUCUAAAUAUCGUCCAGAAUAAUCGAAUGCUUUGA